AUGAACGAGAAACCUGUCGGGAAUGCUAAACACUCUAUUGGACUGGAGCUGUUAAGGACUACCUCCACUGCCGACAAUGCACACGCUGCUCCCGUCAUAGAAUCACCGCUGCUGUCCUUUUACUUAUGUCCAGCGGCCGUAUGUGGAAAGAGGCAUCAAUAUCACAAUGAAAGAACAGACGUCACUGUCUCCAGUACAAUCGAAAAGUACCUACCGGAAGCUGCCCUAGCAACCAAGUUAUGUCGAAAGGCCUACAAACUAGCUGCUCCUCAUAUCAAAGCUUCCAUAUCAGGUGUUGCCAAUAACAUACCAGACGAAACACUCAUGGCCAUCGAUGGUGCCGAUCCAUUUGCUCACAUCGAUGACAACUCAGUAAUCACCAUACAGACCAACCUCAACCAAGCCGAAGGACUGUAUAGAGAGUCUCUAGCUGUCUUCCCGCUAUUAGAACCCUCUAUACUAGGACAUAUCCGCGUUCUCGCUGCUCUUGGUCGAUGGGAUCAAGCCUUGAGUGAAACUCGCUCCAUACCUGAUAUUCAAAAGUCUAGGCUUGUGACUACAGAGAUAGUUGCUUUGGCUGCCCAAUCUGGCAUCAUACUGUCGUCUAAUACCGCAUGGAUGCAGCCUCAUAGGACAGCUAGUACUAGUAGUGAGAUCAAAAAGGCACUACCCGCAAAACCAGCACCACUAGAUACAUCGAAUAUACCAAUCACAUCAUCGCAUCUAUCGCAUCCUAUUACUAUUCCACCCUCGCAGACACCUCUGGAAUUACCACUGGCGGCCGCCGACUUUGAAUGUCUACUAUGUUACAAUCUGCUCUACGAUCCAGUCACUUGUCCAUGUGGGCAUACAUGGUGUCGGCCGUGUCUGCUUGAAUCUACAGAUCAUAAUCGUAAAUGUCCGCUAUGCAGAGCCCCACUGGCUUCAUAUGGUCACUACUUGCGACGGCAACCCAAUAUCAUCCUCAACAAGAUUAUAACCACCUACUAUCCAGAGCCCACGGAGGCAAGGACAGUCAGUCUGAAUGAAAGAGCCACUGGUCCUGAUUCGUGGAUACCCAUGUUUAUUUGUACACUCGUAUACCCUGGAAUGCCGUGCUUCUUGCACAUAUUCGAACCACGAUAUCGCAUUCUAGUGAAACGGGCCAUGGAAACCGAUAAACGAUUUGGUGUAGUGCUACCGUCAUCAGUAGGAGCAUUUGCCGAGUAUGGAACCAUGGUAGAGAUACGCCGCUGUGAACCUAUAAAUGAACCGGGUACCGACUUGACUGGUGAUGAUGACAAUGCUCUGCCAAGGUAUCUCAUUGAUACGAUAGGAAUAUAUAGAUUCAAAGUAUUGGAACGAAGUACCAAUGAUGUAGGAUUUUCAACCGCUCGUAUCGAACGGCUAGAAGACAUAGAUCUAGAAGAUGAAGAUCCAGCAACAGUCAUGAGUAGCAACAGUAGUAAUGUGCAAGUAGUGUCGGAUUGGGCUAAUAGGUGGUCUGGUGAUUCUCAAGCUACAACAUGGUCUUCUUCAGCAGCUGCUACCUCUACCAGUAUGGACGAACACUCAGAUCAUCCAAUGGGUGAGCAUCAGAUGCCCAGUAAUCCAAGUGGUAUUGACCACAAAGUCAUCAGUCAACCAACCACGUCUUCACCAACAGUACCACCAUCACAACCCGUACCGGAAUAUACAGCAGAACCGCUAACACCACCACCAUCAGCAUCCGAACCAUCGCAUCUAUCACGACUAGUCACCAAAGCCCUCGACUUCAUACAUAAUUUUAUAGCCUCACUACCCGAACAAUCUCGUUUCUCGUUUGAAAGACAACAUGGUAUGCCACCUGCCGAUCCUGGUGACUUGUCGUUUUGGUUGGCAUCGCUGCUGCCAAUAUCACCAACCCGGAAAUAUGACCUUUUGAGAAUGCAAAGUGUAGUAGGAAGGAUGGAAAAAGUAUGUCAUUUGAUCGAUAGAGCAAUAGAGCAACAACGUAAUGCGGCUGGUAAUAAUCCUGGAGGUGGUGCUGCUCCUCAAAUACCGAACACAACAAACCCAACCACAACAACAACGGCCUCAUAG